CAGCCAGUUCUCUUUGUUUCCAUGAGGAAAUUGGGAUGCAAGAGAUGCCACUACAGAACAGCAUGCUUGCUAAAAAUACGGCUUUUAUGGAUGGAUUCACUAACAACCAGAACCAUUCUGUGGAUGAAAGAAGGUUAUAUGAGAACCUCUCUCCAGUGCCAAACGAAGUUGUAGAAAAAUCACCAGUUUUCUUGAACACAGAACCUUUGUCAGUGGAGCCAGCUACUUCAGAGAGAACAAAAAGGAUCAAAGAAAACCUCUCUUCAAUGGCAAACAAAGUUGUAGAUAAUUCAACAACUUUCCAGAACACAGAACCUUUGUCAGUGGAGAAAGCUACUUCAGAGAGAACAAAAAGAAUCAAAGAAAACCUCUCUCCAGUGCCAAAUGAAGUUGUAGAAAAAUCGACAAUUUUCAGGAACACCCAAACUUUGUCAGUGGAGCCAGCUACGUCAGAGAGAACAAAAAGGAUCAAAGAAAACCUCUCUCCCGUGCCAAAUGAAGUUGUAGAAAAAUCGACAAUUUUCAGGAACACAGAGACUUUGUCAGAGGAGCCAGCCACUUCAGAGAGAACAAAAAGGAUGGACCACCACCCCAUAGAGAGGAGCAAAUUGUUACAUGGCAAAAGUACAAACAGAACUGGCAAUAAAGCAAAAGCACCAACACACAGACGUGACUCUCUUAAGACAAGAGAGCCUCCUACUGCAGAAGAGGACAGUAGAACAGAUCAUGUCAUGCCAAAAGUGGAGAACAAGCCAUCUUCUAGAAUGCCAAUAAUCUUGAGUGUGCAGAGAACUGAGAGCUACAGCUCUCUGAGUGACAUCCUGAAGAAUAUUUCACGGACCAGUUCAGGACUGUUUAAGAGAGACUCAAAUACUAUACAUGCCCAGUCCAUGUGGGAUCUGAGCCAGCAAAGCACAGCUACAAGUCAUGAUAAGACAGAAGUCCCAGUGCCGAGGUAUUCCAGGACCAGUUUUUACACAGAUCCAAUGACACCCGCUCUUGCUCUGAUGGAAAAGAGGAAUGAUAAGGUGAAGGCGACAUUAAUGCCCAAAGAGAGGCCUCGCAGCUACAGUCAUCUCACUGUGGACUGGAGGAAGCCACUGUUUAAAAAGGAUGGAGGAACAAGAGAAAAACAUUAGUGAUAUUUUGUGGCAUGUUCUGUCACAAAGCAAAGGCACCCGCCAGCAGUGGAUGGUUAUGACAUUUGCAGUGUUAAUUACUUAAACUGUAAGCCAAAACAGACAGUGACUCCAAUGAAAAGCAUUAUUAACGGGUACAGUGUGCACAUGUUUUAGCUUUCCCACUAAAUCUGAUCACAG